AUUGAUCUGCGAACUUCAAUUGCUACAGAACUUUUUACUUGCCAAUCUGUUCACCCUCAGAAUUACAAGUCUGUCAUUCAACUUAAUACAAUUUCAAUUGAUCCUAGAAAUCCUAAUUUCUUUGCUGUUGGAGGAUCAGAUCAGUUUGCUCGACUAUUUGAUAUCCGCAAAUAUAAGUGGGAUGGAUCAACUGAGUUUGGUCAGCCCAUCAACUUCUUUUGUCCCCCACAUUUAGUUGGUGAUGAGAAUGUGGGAAUUACAGGGUUGGCAUUCUCUGAUCAGAGAGAGCUUCUUGCAUCUUACAAUAAUGAGUUCAUCUAUCUUUUUACAGGGGACAUGGGACUAGGACCUGAUCUAGUUCCCACAUCCUCAGUCUCUGAUGACAGCGAUGCAGGUGAUAUGAGCCCUGAUCAUAAUUCUGUUGCAUCUCCAGCAGCCAUUGAUGGCAAUACAACUGCUGCUCCCCAGGUCUACAAAGGGCACCUGAACUGUAAGACUGUGAAGGGAGUGAAUUUCUAUGGGCCUAGAUGUGAGUAUGUCGUGAGUGGUUCAGAUUGUGGUCGGAUUUUCAUUUGGAAGAAGAAAGGCGGGAAGCUCAUCCGUGUGAUGGAAGCAGAUAAGGAUGUGGUUAAUUGUAUUGAACCUCAUCCUCAUACUAUGAAUCUUGCCAGCAGUGGAAUAGAGAGUGACAUAAAAAUAUGGAUUCCAAAGGCGAUUGAUAGAGCUACUCUACCUACAAACAUUGAAAUG